AUGUCGGUGGUGGUACCCGUCUUCAAGCAGGGCCUCUGGCAAAUACCCCACUUGCCGGAGGAAGCGCCAGCAGAACUGCAAGGUCAUCUCACUCCAGAAGAUUACCAGUAUGUGAAGGGCGAGUUAGAGCAGCUGGUACAAGGAGGUGCCCGGGCUCGCCGCUCCUCCCUGACCAGAGGCAUCGCCUUCGGUUCGGUGUUCUUGUCGACCUUUGCGGUAUUUAUGGUCAUCGGCUUCCUUCAAACUGGCUUGAAUGGAUUGCUGUGGUUCGGGCUUGCGGCGCUCUUCGGCUUCACCGGCGUUCCUUUCGCCUACGGUGCCCUCUAUGCUGCAACCUUGCCUUUGAGCAGGUCACGAGGGCCCUUCGAGUAUGACUUUGGGGGUGUCCACAGUCGCUAUCCGAGCAUUCAGUGGCAGUGCGUCGAAUGCCUGGAUGAGGAGAGCAAGGCAAGAGUGACGGUCUUCCAAGCAACCUUCGUGGAUGCAGCUGAUCCGUGA